GCAAUUAAAAAACUUCCGGUUUGAAAUUUCCGAAUAAUUUCACACAUAUUUUACUAUUAUUUUACUAAUUCUAGACGAUAAUGAAUAAUAAAUUUGAUGCACUGACUAAUGAAAACAGUGACUCUGGUGAGGAAGGAGAAAGUAAUGGUGACAAACAAAAUGAAGAUUCAUCGAAAAAAGUCGUGAAAGUAGGACCUGGUGAACAUCCUUUACAAUUCAACUAUGCAUUUUGGUUCUCAAGAAGGACUCCUGGAAAACAAAGCUGGUCCAGUUAUGACCAGAAUCUCAAACACGUCAUUACGUGUGCCUCAGUGGAGCAGUUUCAUCAUGCGUACAGUCACAUGGUGCGACCAUGUGAUCUAUCAGGACACAGCGACUAUCACAUCUUCAAAGAGGGAAUAAGGCCAAUGUGGGAAGAUGAAGCUAAUAAACAUGGUGGCAAAUGGAUCAUCAGGUUAAAGAAGGGAAUUGCAUCCAGGAGUUGGGAGAAUUUGAUAAUGGCCAUGGUUGGAGAGCAAUUUAUGGUUGGAGAGGAGAUAUGUGGAGCUGUUAUUUCUAUAAGAUAUCAGGAGGACAUUCUAUCACUUUGGAACAGAACAGCCAGUGAUAUCCAUACAACAUCACGUAUUAGGGACACAUUGAAACGAGUACUGAACCUCCCUCCAAACACUAUCAUGGAAUACAAGACGCACACUGACAGUUUAAAGGAUAAUUCUAGUUUCCGUAAUACAGAUAUCUUCAUGCGAUAGAUGGAUAUACAGGAACAUUAGAAAAUCAAGAUUGUAGUUGCUCAUCUCUGGGACCUUCAAUCCUAUAAGGAUAUGUCCCACAUGUGGAAUUUCCUCUCAAGUUUACCACAUCUCAUAUUAGACUGGUGAAAUGGAUAGACUUUUCCUGGAAUAAAUAUGAUGCAAAUAGUGGAUUUUUCAAUAUUUUUUUAAAAACUGACUCCGGUUCCUUUUUAGUUUUUUUUCAACAUGAUUCGUGUGUUUUAUAAUCCUGGCUUGAGAUCAGUUUUACAUACAGGGUGGUCCCAAACAUAUGACCCUCUUAUUGUGGAAUAAUUGUGUUAAAAUUAAGAAAAUCCUGUUUUUCAUCAAGGCAUGACCUGUUUGGGGUCACCCUGUAUACAGACUGGAGCACUAACGAAUUACUAUUACACUUUUCUCAGAUUUUAUUCAGCAUUAUCUCUUUUCUGUAAAUUUUUGUUUGUAAAGCUGUAAACGUUUUCCUCUUGUUUAGUAAGGUGUACAUAACUGUACAGAAAUGUAAAAAAUAAAUAAAAAUUGUAAAAACAACAAACUUGUGUUUAUUGGUAUAACAUAAUAUGCAAUGUUCAUUUUUUCAUACCUGUUUAAUACAAUAUACAGGAUAUAGG